AAAAUUAGACCUCCAGACAGCCGUGCUGCAGACUCAGAGCAGUGGGCAAACUGGUGCUGAGAUGAAUCCCAGUUACAGUGACAGUGUUUACUUUGGAACUUGUACGAGAUGCAAUCAAGCUGUCUACAGAGCAGGUCAAGCGUGUCAGGCGAUGGGACGUUUAUUCCACAGCGCGUGCUUCAUCUGCAGCGUUUGCAGUAAAACGCUCAGUGGCAAGCCUUUCUACACAGUGUCAGGGAUGAUAUACUGUGAGGAUGACUUUUUGUUCUCUGGAGUUCAUCCAUCCCCUGAAGUGUGUAACAGCUGUGGCUUUUUAAUCACAGAUGUGAUCCUGCAGGCUCGUGGGAAACCCUACCACCCAUCCUGCUUUCGCUGUGUCGUCUGCAGACAGAGCCUGGAGGAUCAGCCUUUCGCUGUCGACUCACACCGCAGGAUCUACUGUGUCAGCGACUACCACAGGGUCCAGGCUCCCCACUGUGCUGCCUGCAGGUUGCCGAUACUCCCAACAGAAGGAUCCACAGAGUCUAUUCGAGUGACAUCCUGUGACAGAAACUACCAUGUAGAGUGCUACAGGCCUGGUGUUAACCUCAUUUAACAAAGACAGAUUCUGUGAUACUUAAUAAGAUACUCUAAUAAAGUCAUCCACUCCUGCUAUUUGUUUCUCCUUAGUUUUGUGUGUGGAUCUGUGUCUCCUCUGAUGCACCUCCACCUGUAGGCAGCAUUCGCCGCACACUAGCACCACCUUGUGUCUACAUCGGGUACUACAACCACCUCCCAUCUCCCGGAACUGUUCGCGAUAAGCACUGAUAAUGGCGUCAGUCACGGUACGUGGCUUGGCUCUCUGCACUACGUCUUUGCUAAACUUUGCGUUUGUUUUCAUAUCCGGUGCAGAUCUCAUUCGGUUUGUCUCGUUUCGAGCCAUUUACCAUAACAUCACGGGGGAGACGACACUCUGUCGAGACUCCAUACCAUGGUCGGUGGCCCUGCGGGACAGCUCUGUUCUGAGGGCUCUUGCUGUGGAUCUGGGGCUCCUGGCCCUCUUCAUCGUGCAGCACAGCCUGCUGGCCUGGCUGCCUGUCAAACAGGCCCUGCAGUCAGUGCUGGGGCCCCUCAACAGGACAGCAUACUGCUUCACCACAGCACUCGCCCUCCAGAUCUUGAUGCGGUACUGGCAGCCUGUGACUAACGCCCCCUGCCUGUGGUCAGUGCGUCAGGCACCCUGGAGUGUCUGGUUCCCCCUGCUCUGCUUCUCGCUGCACUUCCUCUGUUGGGCCAUCAUCUGCAGCAUCCUCAUGAUCUUUGAUUACCCAGAACUACUGGGCAUCAAGCAGGUGUAUUACGACUGUCUCAGAUUGGGGGACCCCCUCUCUCACAAGUCGCCCCAUGCCCAGCGCCUCCUGUCCCACCUGCGCCACCCGGUGUGCCUGGAGCUGGGUGUGGUGCUGUGGCUCCUGCCGGCCUUAUCCCUGGACAGGCUCCUGCUGGCGGGGGCUCUGUCGGCCUACCUGGCUCUGGCGCACUCUCUGGACAAACAGGAUUUAGCCUACCUGUGCGUGCAGCUCAACAGUAAGAUGCAGCUCUUUGCGCAGCCACACGGAGGCAGCGCCGACGCCACGCCCAACGAGGACACUGACGACCACAAGAAGAAGUGAAGCAGAGGUCUUCCCAGUGCUUUGAUCUGAAUCUGUCAUAAAUAAUGUUUUAAAACUGACUACAAAAGAGUUUCUGUAGGCCUCUUGAGCCUGAUGUCUGCUGAUUUUGUCAUUUCAAAUGUAUUUUAUUACAGUUUAUGCCAUCGUGUGAAAACACAGCCGCCCCCCCUGCUCGUACAGAGGUAUCACUUUUCUUAAAACUACUAAUUUUGAUACAAUUAGGUUGAAACAUUUUUAUACUGAAUAUUUUUUAAUACAUGAAAUUGUUUUACUGUAUAGUCUUACUGGCUGUUACAGUGCCCAAGACAAGUACAUUAACACUGUGUUUCUCUGGAAGCUAAUUUCAGGUUUAUCUUUCCUUUGAAAACCGACGUUUCACUGAGAUUUUACACUGGUAAAAGCUUUUUUCUUUUUCUGCUCUGUGACAGAACAAAGUGACAAUGUUUCUGCUACAAUGAAUGUAUCUCCUUCAAAGCUUUUCCUCGAUGGUGAGAUCAAACCGAUUGUUUAAAGACGUGAAGCUGAACGUAUCGAACAAACUACUUUUAACGUUUAUCAUGCUUGAUAAAUAAGGUAUUAUCAAGGCAGCCAGUAUUAGUAUUAGUGGAUUCUGUAAUGUCUCAUUUGGUAUGUUUUUUUUACACUAAUGUUUUCCCCAUGUGUGCCUUACUGUAAUUACAGUGACAGCUUUCAGUAUUUUUAAAAACAUGUUCAAUAAAAGUGGAAAGUUCA